AUGGUCCCUGUCCAGUUCUUCACAGGUGGGGCUGCUGGUCACAGGUGGGGCUGCUGGUCACAGGUGGAGCUGCUGGUCACGGGUGGGGCUGCUGGUCACGGGUGGGGCUGCUGGUCACAGGUGGGGCUGCUGGUCACAGGUGGGGCUGCUGGUCACAUGUGGGGCUGCUGGUCACAGGUGGGGCUGCUGGUCACAGGUGGGGCUGCUGGUCACAGGUGGGGCUGCUGGUCACAGGUGGGGCUGCUGGUCACAGGUGGGGCUGCUGGUCACAGGUGGGGCUGCUGGUCACAGGUGGGGCUGCUGGUCACAGGUAGGGCUGCUGGUCACAGGUGCCUGGUGCUGGCGGCUGGCGCUGGUGCUGGUGCCUGGUGCUGGCGGCUGGCGCUGGUGCUGGUGCCUGGUGCUGGUGCCUGGUGCUGGUGGCUGGCGCUGGUGCUGGUGCCUGGUGCUGGCGGCUGGCGCUGGCGCUGGUGCCUAAUGCUGGCGGCUGGCGCUGGUGCUGGUGCCUGGUGCCUGGUGCUGGCGGCUGGCACUGGUGCUGGUGCCUGGUGCUGGCGGCUGGCGCUGGUGCUGGUGCCUGGUGCUGGCGGCUGGCGCUGGUGCUGGUGCCUGGUGUUGGCGCUGGUGCUGGUGCCUGGUGCCUGGUGCUGGCGGCUGGCGCUGGUGCUGGUGCCUGACGGCUGGCGCUGGUCCUGGUGGCUGGCGCUGGCGUAA